ACAGUUCAAAUAUUCGUUCACUUGAAGUGUUCGUAACCACGCGAACAAAAUUUUUUAUCCGAGUAUCAGAACUCACAAUUAUUUCGAAUUUUACCUCGUUAUUAAUAACAAUUAUAAGGCAGCGACCCGGAGACUGACCAACGACGGAGAAAAUUACCAAUCAUGAGUACUAUUUUGGAGAAAAUUGCGUCGAUUGAGUCGGAGAUGGCCAGAACGCAGAAAAACAAGGCUACUGCUGGUCAUUUGGGUCUGUUAAAAGCUAGACUUGCCAAACUUCGUCGCGAAUUAAUCGCACCAAAGGGAGGCGGCGGUGCAAGUGAACAAGGCUUUGAGGUGGCGAAAACCGGUGAUGCUCGUGUCGGAUUUGUCGGAUUUCCAUCGGUAGGAAAAUCGACGUUACUAUCAAAUUUAGCCGGUGUGUAUUCUGAAGUGGCAGCUUAUGAAUUUACGACUCUGACAACCGUGCCGGGCUGCAUCAAGUACAAAGGGGCUAAGAUUCAAUUGCUCGAUUUGCCUGGUAUUAUUGAAGGUGCAAAAGAUGGUAAAGGUCGAGGUCGUCAAGUUAUUGCUGUCGCCCGAACGUGUAAUCUAAUCUUCAUGGUGCUGGACGUUUUGAAACCGUUGCAUCAUAAAAAAUUGCUUGAACACGAACUUGAAGGAUUCGGUAUCCGUUUGAAUCAAAAACCUCCAAACAUAAACUACCGACGAAAAGACAAAGGUGGAAUUAAUUUGAAUGCAACGGUAGCUCAAUCUGAACUGGAUCUCGACACGGUCAAAACGAUUUUAUCCGAAUAUAAAAUCCACAAUGCUGACAUAACGCUAAGGUUCGACGCAACCACCGAUGAUUUGAUCGAUGUCAUUGAAGGCAAUCGAAUUUACAUACCGUGCAUCUACUUGCUGAAUAAAAUCGAUCAGAUUAGUAUCGAAGAAUUGGAUGUGAUUUACAAGAUACCGCAUUGUGUACCGAUUUCCGCUCACCAUCGAUGGAACUUUGACGAUUUAUUGGAUUUGAUGUGGCAAUAUUUGAAACUAGUUCGCAUUUACACUAAACCGAAAGGCCAAUUGCCCGAUUACAGCUCGCCCAUCGUUUUGCACAGCGAACGAACAUCGAUUGAAGAUUUUUGUAACAAACUGCAUCGAACCAUUGCUAGAGAAUUCAAAUAUGGCCUGGUCUGGGGAUCGUCAGUGAAGCAUCAACCGCAAAAGGUCGGAAUCGAACAUAUUUUAAAUGAUGAAGAUGUUGUGCAAAUUGUUAAGAAAGUUUAGGGCUGGACCAAGAUGCCAUGGAACUGUAAUUUUUGAUGAAUGGAAAGAAAACGAAAAUUUUAAAUAAAAUUUGGUGAUUUUCAA